UUUUCAUCUAUAUAUACUUGACGAAAUCACCUUCAUUCGAAUCAUCCCAAUCUUCACUCAUUCAUUCUUACUUUCAUCGUCAUGAAGUCUCAUUGCUUCCUUUUGGCCUUUUUUCUCUUGGUUGCAACUUCUGUUGCACAUGUUGGUUUUGGAGCACCAAUUUCCAUAUCACUCUCUUCGACACCAUCGCUACCUAUCGGUUACCCCCAACCCAACACCCCUUCACUCACCGUGGUUCCAGGUACACCAGCAUGUAACGACACACCUCCGCCAUCACCCACCGUAUCUCCGCCAGUUUAUACACCUCCACCAGUUCCAAACCCACCCGUACCUGCUCCAACACCGUCUAUUUCACCCAGCCCUGCACCAUCUGUGGUAGCUUGCCCACCUGUUGCUACACCACCUGUCAGUUCACCACCGCCGCCGGUGCCCUAUAAUCGCCGACUUAAACCACAACCUAUCACUCCGAUUUCACCACCCAUUCCAACUCCACCACUCCUACCUACUCCGGCACCGUCUAUUUCACCCACCCCUGCACCGUCUGUGGUAGCUUGUCCACCUGUAGCUACACCGCCGCCGGUGCCUUAUAAUCGAGGACUUAAACCACUGCCCAUCACUCCGACUCCACCACCUAUAAUCAAUCCGCCAUUCCUAGACCCACCAACCGUCGCUCCUUCUCCGGCCAACUCACCUAGUAUUUCUCCGGGUUUGCCCUGCAACGACACAACUCUACCACCUGUAGCUCCACCCCUUCCUUAUCCACCCAACACUCCACCUUAUAACCCACCUGAUGUAACACCACUACCUCCAGUGAUACCACCGACAAUUCCUCCAUUUCCAACUAACACUCCACCACCUCCGGUGACACCGUUAGUUUCACCGCCACCUCCACCUCCACCAGUUCCUGUUUUACCACCCAGUCCAGUGACGCCGGCACCUGCACCGCUUCCAUGUCCAACCAACCCUCCACCUCCCCCGCCACCUUGCAUCACCACCGCUCCACCACCAACUAACUCAACUCCACCAUCUCCGAAUCCACCCAAGAUGCCACCAUACAUUCCCUCACCAAGUAUUCCACCAAAUUACCCUGUCAUCCCUAUCCCCUCACCACCUUGCAACAAUGAUGCAGUGAUAGGCAAGCAGCCUAUACACUGAUAUGAAAACUCUAGCUGGAAGACGCCGGUGACCUUGAAGGCCUCCUACUUUAUAUAAUUAAUUUCCCAUUUACAUGAGGGAAUCAAUAAAAUUAUGUUUUGGAUUGUGAUAUUUACUGCGUGGGUACUUAUUUUAAAUGAAUGUGUGCAUGCAUAUGGUUUGAUAAACUCAAAAGCGUUACAAAUCAUAAUAUAAACUAUAUUUAUAUGAUUA